AUGCCAAGAGUAAAGGAAGGAAAACGAAAAAUUAAAGGGGCACCCCUGCCCAUUGUUCCAAUUCUUCAAAACUUCCUGAAAACGUACGAGAAGCAUUGUGCGCAGUCUCAGACAUCCAUGUGUCCAGCCAUCAAAAGGGACCUGAAAAGCAGCAUUGACAGUGAGCGGGUUCUCACGAAGUUUACGUUUGUAAGACCUGAUGACUCCCUACCAACCACCCUGCCAGUUUCCUUGGAACCUUUGCUUAUGACAAUUCGAGAUGAGUGUUACAGGCUCGGGAAAGAGAUCUGCAUCUGGGGCCUUCAACUGAGCAACCCAGAGAUUGCCAGACUCGCUUUGUUUCUGGAACCAAAGGGGCGCAACACCUGCCCGUUCACCACCUUAGAAAUCAUUGACUGCAAGAUGGAUCUGUGGUCUCUAGGGCGACUUGGGAAGGGUCUGCAGUUCAGCAGUUUGCAUUCUCUUGUCCUGGACUACUGCAAAUUUGGAAAUGAAGAAAUUCAGAGCAUUUUCUCAGGCCUGGAGAACAACCAAAGGCUUCAAGGCCUCAGCCUACGUUACUGUGGUCUGGGGCCCCAGAGCAGGCCCCAGCUGGCCUCAGUCAUCAGCCAGAGCGCAGUUUGUGAGCUGCACCUUGAUGGCAAUUACUUGCAAUGUUCCGGAGCUCUGGCUCUCCUCAGACCCCUGGCAGAGUAUGCAGAGAUGCAGGAGAAAGGCCAGCUGGCCACAGCCUCACCAGACACCAGAAACCCCCCUCAGCUGCUCCCAACUGGACAGAGAAGAAGUUCAACUUUGAACCAGACUACAAAAUCAUCUGAAGUUGUAACAGUGAAAACUACUUCAGGGAAGAAAAAGAGAAAAAAAGGAAUCAAGAAGAAGAGUAAAGGUCUGAGUGAAGCUGGUCCUUGGUUGGUGAAGUUGCACCUGGCAGAUAACGGCAUAGAUGGAAAAGGAAGAGGAGAAAACGACUUGCUGGAAUUCACUCAAAUUUUAACACGCCUCACCUCAUCUCAUGGGCAGUUGGUGACUUUCUGA